AUGCCACCCGCCUCAGCACGAUGGGAAAUGAAGGCGGGAGAACAGGCUGCACCCAGGCGUCUGCCUCUGCCCAUACGUGUGCUUUUUUUUUUUCUCUCCUUUCUAGAGAUUAAGAAGCCACCAGUGGCCCCCAAGCCAAAGUUUGUUGUGGCGGCUAAUAAGCCAACUCCACCGCCUGUCGCACCUAAACCUGAGAUCUUGGUUUCUAGUGUUCCACAGUCAACAAAGAAAACCAAACCUGCCAUAGCUCCAAAACCAAAAGUUCUGAAGGCCUCAUCUGUCCAGGACAUCACACAGUCACCGUCAAGGAAAAUCGUCGUGAACCUGGAAGAGAAUACACAGGAAUUCCUUGAAAGUACUGACAACUCGAACUGCAGAAACAGAGGGCAUCCAAGCAGUGAUUGUAUUUUACCAGUGUGUUCCUGCCAUCCUGGGUGUAACCAUAAGCUUGAGAACAGAGAGAAUUUGUGUGUCAAGCACCUUGUCUUCGGGCCCCUGGAAAUGCAUGAGAAUUUAGAAAAUAACAAAAUUGGUGAGUCCCCUUCAGCUGUAAAAAAUCAGUAUAAAUGUGAUUCUGUUGGUGAAAGGGUCAAGAGCCAGAGUAAAGUAGUUUUAAAGGCAAGCAUCCUCGAAGAGAAGCUCAAAGAUGUUUUAACACAACGGACGUCACCCUUUCUUUUUCCCCAGAAGCACAGAUCCACAGACAGUCCAGAAAUGAGUGAUGGUUGUAAUUCCCACAGACAGUUCAGAAUUGAAUUUGCAGAUUUGUCACCUUCCCUGUCCAGCUUUGAAAACGUUUCUAAUCAUCACCCUUGCCACCUACAACUUCCUAGCACUGAAUUUCAAAAUUUUGAAGUUAAUCAGAAUGACAGUGAAAAAAACAAUACUUGCUAUCACUCAUCUGAACAAGAAGCUCUAGAAAAUGGAAAAAGGAGUCCUUUCUUAUCUUCAGAUGGAGAUAGUAAGAAAUCAGAAGCCAAAGACCUUGGUCCCUUGGAAAUCCACUUAGUGCCAUGUACGCCCAAAUUUCCAACUCCCAAGCCCAGAAAAACACGUGUUGCCCGCCUCUUGCGCCAGAGACAUAUAGAUACUCCCAGUGAAAAUACUGAAGAACCAGAGAAUGUAGACAACUUGCCUCGUCUUUUCGAAGAUAGUUUGAAAAACAAUAAAAUCAGUGUUUUUCAUCAGACCGCUCUGUGUAACCAGGAACAGGUAGACAAAGUGAAGCCAGAAACUAAAAGUGAGUUGAAUGUGGACUUCAGCGGUGACAGACAAAACUUAGUCUGUUCACAGAAAGCCGUGUGUCCUGAAACAUUUUCCUCUGAAGAAACGGCGCCUCUUUUAGAACCAGACUCUAAUUUGGGUUCUGACGACAAGUCAGGAGAUAGUUCUGGUAUGUCACUUGCCGAGGACAAAGGGACCAGUUUUAUAAGAUGCAGUACUCUAUCUAUGAGCCUGCCCAAGCAGCUCAAAUUAACCUGCAACGAACAUUUGCCUACUGCCUCUAACCCAGGAGUGUCUGCCCCUCAAAUGCAAAAGGAAUCUAUCAUAAAAGAUGAAAGUUCCUCAAAAAUUGUCCCCAAAAAACCUCAAAGACACAGUUUGCCUGCUGCUGGCGUGCUUAAAAAGGCUGCUUCUGAGGAGCUUGUGGAGAAAAGUUCUUAUCCCGCAAAUGAAGAAAAAGAUUCAGAGAAGGGUCUAGAAAGAGAUCACCUGCAGCAUUUAGGUGCCCCAAACAAUGGUAUGUCGUCCUCCUUUGAUAUGCCUAAACGGGCUUCAGAGAAGCCAGUGUGGAAAUUACCUCAUCCUAUCAUACCCUUUUCAGGGAACCCAGAAUCCUUAAAGUCUGUCACCAUAUCCUCAAACAGUGAGACUCCCAGGGCCCUGACCAAGCCUAGAGCAAAAUCAUUAUCUGCUGUGGAUGUGGAAAGGUGCACUAAGCCUUGCAAAGACUCUCACAAGAAGAACUCUUUCAAGAAGUUACUCAAUAUGAAAUUGUCCAUCUGUUUCAUGAAGAGUGACUUCCAGAAAUUUUGGUCCAAGAAUAGCCAACUUGGAGACACAACUUCAGGCAGCCUGGCAGGUGGAGAGCAAAAAGUGGGAGGUGGGGAGAGUGAUUGGCAUGGCUUGUUGGCGGGAGAGGAGCAGAGAGGUAAAGCCACCAAAGCCUAUUCCGCAGAUAACUGUAGCCUGGAAUCCCACAAGAAGAGGAAGAAGUUGCGGGGCCAGACCAGUGCAGCUAAUGGACCAAGAGCCGAGUCUCUGGAUGACCGAAUGCUCUCCAGGGAGUCGUCCUUGCAGGCACCUUGCAAAUCUGUCACCAGCGACUGCGCACCGGAGUAUGAAAAUAUACGCCACUAUGAGGAAAUACCAGAAUAUGAGAACUUGCCGUUUGUGAUGGCUAUGGGGAAGACUCCCGCGUUGGAAUGGCAGAAUCCCAGCAGUGUGGAGGACGCUGAUGGAGAUGUGUAUGAGGUCCAGGAGCCGUAUGAAGCUCCAGACGGCCAGCUCCGACUUGGACCCAGACACCAGCGUUCCAGUUCUGGAGCAUCCCAGGAGGGACACAGUGAUCUGGACCUUGGUCUUGGUGACCUUCCUUCAGAUGAAGAGGAAGUCAUCAACAGUUCAGAUGAAGAUGAUGUCAGCUCUGCUUCUAGUAAAGGGGAGCCUGAUCUGCUGGACGAUAAACAGGGUGAAGAUACUGGAAUGAAAUGUAAAGUCCAUCAUAUUGCCAAGGAGAUCAUGAGCUCAGAAAAAGUGUUUGUGGAUGUGUUAAAACUUUUGCAUAUUGAUUUCCGGGAUGCAGUAGCCCAUGCUUCCAGGCAACUUGGGAAACCAGUGAUUGAGGACCGGACCCUAAAUCAGAUCCUGUACUACUUGCCUCAGCUGUAUGAGCUCAAUCGGGAUCUCCUGAAGGAACUGGAGGAAAGAAUGUCGAACUGGACGGAACAACAAAGAAUUGCUGACAUCUUUGUAAAGAAGGGACCAUAUCUAAAAAUGUAUUCCACAUACAUCAAAGAGUUUGAUAAGAAUAUAGCAUUGUUGGAUGAGCAGUGCAAGAAAAACCCAGGUUUUGCUGCUGUUGUUAGAGAAUUUGAGAUGAGCCCGCGCUGUGCCAGUCUGGCCCUCAAGCACUACCUGCUCAAGCCGGUCCAGAGGAUUCCCCAGUACAGGCUGCUGCUCACAGAUUAUUUGAAAAAUCUCUUAGAAGACUCUGAAGAUUACAAAGACACUCAAGAUGCCCUUGCUGUUGUUAUAGAGGUAGCCAACCACGCCAAUGACACCAUGAAGCAAGGAGACAACUUCCAGAAACUUAUGCAAAUUCAGUACAGUUUAAAUGGACACCAUGAAAUAGUUCAGCCUGGACGGGUUUUUCUCAAAGAAGGAAUUCUGAUGAAGCUAUCUCGGAAAGUCAUGCAGCCCCGAAUGUUUUUCCUGUUUAAUGAUGCCCUGUUGUAUACAACACCAGUGCAGUCUGGGAUGUACAAACUGAACAACAUGCUGUCACUGGCUGGAAUGAAGGUCAGAAAACCCACCCAAGAAGCGUAUCAGAAUGAACUUAAGAUCGAAAGUGUAGAACGUUCCUUCAUCCUCUCAGCCAGUUCUGCCCCAGAAAGGGAUGAAUGGCUCGAAGCCAUUUCCAGGUCAAUAGAAGAGUAUGCCAAGAAAAGAAUCACAUUCUGUCCUAGUCGGAGUCUUGAUGAGGCUGACUCAGAAAGUAAAGACGAGGUUAGUCCUCUUGGAUCUAAGGCCCCCAUCUGGAUUCCUGAUACCAGGGCCACCAUGUGUAUGAUCUGCACCAGUGAAUUUACUCUGACCUGGAGACGACAUCACUGCCGGGCCUGUGGAAAGAUUGUAUGCCAAGCUUGUUCAUCAAAUAAGUAUGGCUUAGAUUACCUGAAAAAUCAACCAGCAAGAGUAUGUGAACACUGUUUCCAAGAACUGCAGAAAUUAGAUCACCAGCACUCUCCUAAGUUUGGAUCCCCUGGAAAUCACAAAUCUCCUUCCAGCGCCUUAUCAUCAGUCUUACAUAGUAUUCCAUCAGGGAGGAAACAGAAAAAAAUCCCAGCUGCUCUUAAAGAAGUAUCAGCAAACACAGAAGAUUCCUCUAUGAGUGGCUACUUAUACAGAUCAAAGGGCAAUAAAAAACCUUGGAAACACUUGUGGUUCGUCAUAAAAAAUAAAGUACUAUAUACAUAUGCUGCAAGUGAGGACGUGGCAGCUUUGGAGAGUCAACCUUUACUAGGAUUCACAGUCACUCAAGUCAAAGAUGAGAAUUCAGAGUCUAGAGUGUUUCAGUUACUGCACAAAAACAUGCUAUUUUAUGUAUUCAAAGCAGAUGAUGCUCACUCAGCUCAGAAGUGGAUAGAAGCAUUUCAAGAAGGCACAAUAUUGUAG